AUGGCUGCCCCUCAGAGAGGAGAUCUGUCAGCGUCGGAGAGGAAGAUCCUGCAGCUGAUCGCCACCGGUGAUGUACAGGAAGCUGCCCAGCUGCUCGCUAGCAAAGAAGUACGAGUCAACUGUUUGGACGAGUAUGGCAUGACUCCCCUGAUGCAUGCAGCCUAUAAGGGCAAGGCCGACAUAUGCCGUCUGCUGCUGCAGCAUGGGGCUGAUGUCAACUGCAACCAGCAUGAAUAUGGAUACACUGCUCUCAUGUUCGCUGGCCUGUCAGGGAAGACAGACAUCACGUCCAUGAUGCUGGACGCAGGAGCAGAGACGGAGAUGGUGAACUCUGUGGGUCGUACUGCUGCUCAGAUGGCAGCGUUUGUGGGCCAGCACGACUGUGUCACGGUGAUCACCAACUUCUUCUCGCGGGCGAAGCUGGAGUACUACACCAAACCACAGGGGCUGGAGAAGGAGCCCCGGCUCCCCCCCCGGCUGGCAGGACCCCUACAUAAGGUCAUCAUGACCACCAACCUGAACCCGGUCAAGAUAGUCCUGCUGGUGAAGGAGCACCCUGUGCUGGUGGACAUGACCGCCCUGGAGAAGUGUUACCAGGUGAUGGACAUGCUGUGUGAGCAGUGUGUGAAGCAGGAAGACAUAAAUGAGGUCCUGGCCAUGAAGAUGCAUUACAUCAGCUGUGUGCUGCAGAAAUGCCUGGCCUUCCUACACAAACAAGAUGACAAUCUGGACGCACUUGUUAAGAGCCUGCUGAAGGGGAGAGACAGCGAUGGCUUCCCACAGUACCAAGAGAAGUUCAUUCGGGACUGUAUCAGGAAGUUUCCUUAUUGUGAGGCCACGCUCCUUCAGCAGCUGGUGAGGAGCAUUGCACCAGUAGAGAUUGGCAAUGAACCAACAGCGUUCUCAGUGUUGAACCAGGCCGUAACAGGUCAGAUGGCGAUUGUAGAUGCUGACUACUGUGCUACAUGUGGGGAGAGGGGAGCACAAAAGAGGUGCUCCCUUUGUAAAGCAGUGACUUACUGCAGUGUGACGUGCCAAAAGCUCCACUGGUUCACCCACAAAAAGAUGUGCAGGUCUCUGCAGGAGCAGGAUGCCGAUCUGGAGAAGGAUGCUCCGAAGUUUAAAGAACUGAAAGAUGAUGAGAGCAACCUGGUUAUGGAGACAGCCAACUUUCUGCAGCAGCUGUGUCUGCGGGCAGAGGAGCAGGUGGCUGCUGCCGGAGGCUGCCCUGCACAGCUCCUGGCUGGUCCUUCCACCUCUGCUCAGGGACCGUCCUGCACCCAAGACUGA